AUGGCGCGUCUUCUUCUCCUGGACCUACCGGCAGAAAUUCUCCACCUGAUUGCCAGUAAGCUCCCCAACAGCGGGAUCAAAAACCUGCGCUUAACGUGCUCGUUUGCACAAGUGGUGUUCCGACUCCGAUUCGACCGAGUAUUCCUUUCACCACACCAACGCGAUAUCGAUGUUUUCUGUCAAGUGGCCUGUAGCGAGACAUUUAGACAUCAGGUUGUCGAGCUGGUUUGGGACCAGAACCAGUUUUGUCCAGGCGAGGUCGAAUGGGAAGAUUUCCAGUUCGACGCAUUUACUGUUCUCGAAUCAUACGAACUUGCAACAGAGAUGGUUCGUUUCCAGCGCAAUCGAAUUGCGAAAGUUGGUUGCCUGAGAUCGGACGAUUUCACUCCUUUUGGCGGUAUUAACAUGCCUGUUUCUCGCAUUGCCAAGAUCCAUACAUAUGUUCAAAUACGUCGAGAGACCAAUGAGGAAAGGAACAAUGAUUCUUUCGCACUAGAGCACCACAUCAACCGCUUCCCUUCACUGAAGCGGAUAACCAUCAGCCACUCGACCAACGGCUGGCUUUUCGAGCCAUACUACGAAACACCUCAGAUUAGAAGUUUCCCUUCCGGCUUUAUGUACGAUAUCGAACGAUCUGACCCCCCGAUUGAACCAUUAUGGAAUGGUUUUGGUAGAAUUGAUCCCAGCGAAUACGCAGAGAGCACUCGUGCCUAUGGGGCCAUUUUCAGAGCACUUGCCGGCGCCAAGGAGCUACAGCUUGAGGAGAUUGUCAUGGAGAACCCCAACGGGGUCAAUUAUGGCCUUCCUAUUGCUUUCUUCACGCAGCCAUUAGCAUUGGAUUAUUUGAAUCUUGUCGAGCUUCUCCGCCGCCCACACCUUCGCCGAUUUGACCUUGUCGUCACGAAAUGGGGCGAAAUACCAGAUAAUGGGCUUGGGCCCCAUCCGCCCGCAACACUUUUGAACGCCGCACUGGGGAAGGCUACAUCCCUGACACACUUCAGCUUCAAACUAACCACUUUUUAUCACCACCCAGCUAACAAUUGGUUUCCUCUGAAAACCUUGUUACCUAUCAAUCGUUGGACAAACUUGCGGCACUUCGAACUUGCCCACUUGGCGGUCCGACAGAACGACCUUGCGAAUCUUCUUGGUGGAUUGCCCCAAAGCAUUCGAUCUAUUGAACUUGGUUUUCUUGAGUUCUUCGAGGAAUCGGAGAGUCUCGCCGGGCUUCUUGACGAAAUACAUGAGAGGGCUUUUUGGAGUGGAAGAGAUGAAAUGAACCGACCUCGCCUGGGAAUCUCCUUGAGCGUAGGCCAAUGCGCAUCGAGAAGCAUCGCCAUCAGGGUGGAUGCUGAAAUAGAAACUUUCCUAUACAAGCAAGGAAUGAACCCAUUCCGUGGUUCACAACAACCUGAUGACGUCGAGUCGGGAAAAGGGACGGAAAGGGAUGUCUUCAAUCCAGAGUACGAAUGGCCUCGUGAUGAAGAUUUCGAUUGGCAAGUAGAAAUCGACAGGGCCGAGAAGCGGCUGUCAAGGAUGUUGAUGAUAAGCGAGGGUAAUUUACGCCGCAUUGAGGAUGCGGUGAGUACGAUGGAGGUUGAUGUGGAAGCGAUGAGAUUUGAAGAGAAUUCCCAUGGAUGGUGA